GAUGCAGAUGCAGGUAGCGCGCGAGGGGAGGACUCUCAACCAACCUAUAAAUUCAACGAUCUCUAGCCAUCGACCAGUAAGAACAACCAGAGUCCCAUCGGACAAGGAUCACCUCCUAUUUGAACCCAACGUCGAUCGUCAUGAACAAUUUCGCUCUGAUAUCCGUCUUGGCGACGUUUUCCUCGUUUGUUUCGGGCGCUCCGCAGUGGUACGGGGCCGGACCGCACGCAGGUUACGCCGGGGUAGCGUCCCCGGCUCCUCUCGGUCCGGACGGGCGCGUCGUCGAUACACCGGAAGUCGCACAACUCAAGGCCGCGCAUCUCAGCGCCUUGGCGGAAGCCAACGCUCGCGCUCCAAAAGGGCCAGGGCCGUCGGGGCCGUACGGCGGUGGAGCCGCCGAAGGCGCUUAUAAUCCCGUGGCCAACUACGUCUCCCACUACAACGGACCCCCAGCGCCCCUGGGACCCGACGGUCGCGUGGUCGAUACACCGGAAGUACAGCAAGCUAAAGCCGUUCACUUUUCACUGUACAACGCGGAGGCCCAACGAGCACCCGCUGGACACGGCGUUCCCGCUAACCCCGAAGUUUGGAACGGAGGGUGGAACGAAGGGUGGAACGGUGCUCACGAACAGUAUUAAACUGUUGUUCCGAAAUAUCGAAGAAAUGCAGCAGAUUUGUGUCGUCGCUCUUUCAACAGCGGGGAAGAAUAAGUUGUAAGUCACUCGUACUAUUGCUUGGUAGAAAAAUUUAACGAUAAGAUGUUUUUACACAUAUCUAUGGUAAUCAUUCGUACGGUUACCAUGGUGACUGACUUCGUAUAUUCCAUUGAUCUCUUAUAAAAGGAAAAAAAAAAGAAAAAAACAAAUAAUCGUCCUUACGGCACUCUGUAUACCGAACCUCUGUGAAAACUAUAUCCAUGUACUAUAACCAAUCGUAUUGUAUACUCAUCAUAAUAAAUCGUGUAUUCCCUGUUA